AUGCCUCCUGCGGUACGAGAAGAAAUGAGGAGCCAGGCCGAUAUCAUUGACAUUGAGAAUGCGGACCCGAACUUGAAGAUACCGAGUCACUGCAAUGGCCAUCUUUGGACUUGCGACGUAGUUGGGGAGCUGAUGAGUCCACGCGGCAACUCUGCGGUAAUGCAACUAUACAACGAGUGGUCGCACCGGAUUGUGCUACUGCGCAACGCACUCAUGCCCUUUGAGAACUGGGACGAAGUCCCCAUCGUUAUCGCGGCUGAUUCUGAACUGGCACUACAGGGCUUGCGCAUGCUUGAGAAGCCUACAGACGCCUUCAUCAUGCCCCUGAUCUCCGUCCUGACGGCAUCUGGCUUGCCGUCUGGUGGCUUUGGGUUCCAAUACUCUCAAGGCACCGUCUUACCGGCAUUCAUGGGUGGAUCGUUGUCUAGCAGCCUGCUGCGAUACUAUCCUGUCCGUGAAGCCAAUUCAAUGUCUGAAGUGCUUUACAGUUAUGAGUACACGUCAUACGAGUCGGCCAAGCGCAGUGUAUUGCCCCCAAACACUACAAAAUCAGCCUCAGACACAGUUCAGUCUAAAGGGGUCGCGUGCGUACUUAAGAGUCACACCAUUCCAAACCUUAACAGCUCCCAGGCUCAUCUUAAGGUCGAGGUUGAUUUCAGAUGUCGCCCAAAAACAGUGUUCAGUGUUUGUCAAGGUCAAAUCGCCCGCGGUCGGCGCUAUGUAAACGAUGUUCCCAAGAGUGAGCCUAGCCAAGCAUCGAACCUAGGAAACAUUAUAUUUCAUGUGGUCAAGGACGCACAUUCUCUGCCAGGCUUGGUCUUCUCAGUAUCGGAGCCUGAGCUGGAGCAGAGUACUCUCCACGUUUUCUCCAUCACUGAGCCUUUGCUUGGCCUUGCGCUCUUUGGGAAAUUGUACCCAGGCAAUAUUGUCUCUUUGAACAGAACCAACGUCUUAGCCAGUGCGUUGAGGGCGGAUCGUGGCUUCGGGACCAAGUUUGUGCUCUGGCAGAGGGUUUAA